AUGUAUGUCAGUGUUGCAGAGGUCCAAGCUGUAGAGGAGACAGGUGAGGAGAGGUCAGACCAGGGAGUGUCUCAGGACCCAGGGGAAGAACCCAGCACAGCCCCAUCUAGCAGUGGUGAGCAGCAGGAAGAGGAAGUAACUGGUCCUGAGAGUCAGGAAGGGAUCCCAGACAGUGACGGCUCCAGUCCAGCGUCUCAGGCUGAUAGGGCAUCAUCUGCUGGGAAUGCAGGUCAGAACAGACCCAGAAUCCAGAGAAUAGUCUGGGAUGACGGUUCAGUACACCCAGCCCCUGCCCAGGCCCAGAGCGCCACCCACGGCUCAAUGAUCAGACCCCCACCAGGGCGGGGCCGUAUAGGGCGGGGUGUACACCGGGGGCCCCGCAGGAUGUACCCACAGCGGGGACGAGGGGCAAUGAGGGGCUUCCGCUCCCCCCAGGGCAGACGAGGUGCCUUCUGAAACAGACAGACUUUUUCUGAAGCUGAGUAAUCGCGAUAUCUUUUGUAUCAGCUGUUUGCUGGAGGAGACUUGUGCUACGUUGUGUGUAGAAAAGAAUUGUUUUGUCUGAUGAUUUCUGCACUCAUAUAGCAAGUUGUUCAAAAAUGCCGACUCUCAAACAAUUACUAAACACAUCAUAUCAAUUGUGCAUGUAGCUAUUAAUGACAGUGACAGGUAGAUAAAUCAUUUGUGCUGAGCAAUCUUGUGGAUGCUGUGCUGAUGUGCCUGUUACGUGUAGCUUAUCAUCACCUCAUCUCUCAAAACAUUACUGUGUAAGAAAUUGUCCCUCGUCAUGUACAUACUAAAGGCAGGCAGGUUUUCAGCAUUUCUGGAUGCACCAAUAUAUAAUAGCUCUAUCAUAGAAUUUCUCAACACAUUUCUACGCAUUAAACUGCGCUACGUGUGUAGUAUGUGGUGAAUUGGGCUAAUAAAGCAGUCCUGUAUGAAAAUCAGCAGUUUGCGCAUACUUUAACAUGAUUACAUGUUAUGAAAUAACACACAGAAUCACUGUUACACUUGAUUAGCUAGCAGUAAACUCUUUAUCAUGAUAUGCUACACCCUGCCUGUAAAUAUUUUAUGUUUUAUCAUUGAUCAUUAUCAUCAUUGGCUUAAGGGGACCGAUUCCAAGCAUUUUUUUCGGUCGCUUGAUUAUAUGUGUAUUAAGUGCAAGUUCAUGCGAAGAAAUAAGAGAGCUGAAUUUGUAAAAUUAUGGAUGAGUACAGAAAGUGAUCCAUUUUAGUCAAAUGUGCGAAUGAAAGAAAAUUGUGUUAUUUGUACCAGAAUU